AAGUAUUGCACUCCAAUACAACAACACCAAUCUAACAAUGGUCGCCAAAUUCGUCAUCGUCCUGUCCCUCGCCGUGGCGGCUUACGCCGUGCCCCUUGUCCCCAUCAGCAAGGUGGUGUACGCCGAGCCUGAGGCGCCCGCUCACUACGAGUUCUCAUACUCCGUGCACGAUGACCACAGCGGUGACGUGAAGCAGCAGCAGGAGGCCCGUCAAGGCGACGCCGUGCACGGCUCGUACUCUCUCGUGCAGCCCGACGGUGUGCACCGCAUCGUCGAGUACACCGCCGACAAGGAGCACGGAUUCAACGCCAACGUGCGCUACGAGGGCACCCCCGUCCACGCUGAACCCGCCAAGAUCGCAUACGCCGCCCCCGUAGCCAAGAUCGCAUACGCCGCCCCUGUCGCCAAGGUCGCCUACGCCGCUCCUGUCGCCUACGCCGCCCCUGUCGCCAAGGUUGCCUACGCUGCCCCCGUGGCUCACUUCGUCAUCGUCCUGUCUCUCGCCGUGGUGGCUUACGCCGUACCCCUUGUUCCCGUCAGCAAGGUGGUGUACGCCGAGCCUGAGGCGCCCGCUCACUACGAGUUUUCAUACUCCGUGCAUGAUGACCACAGCGGUGACGUGAAGCAGCAGCAGGAGGCCCGUCAAGGCGACGCCGUGCACGGCUCGUACUCUCUCGUGCAGCCCGACGGUGUGCACCGCAUCGUCGAGUACACCGCCGACAAGGAGCACGGAUUCAACGCCAACGUGCGCUACGAGGGCACCCCCGUCCACGCUGAACCCGCCAAGAUCGCAUACGCCGCCCCCGUCGCCAAGAUCGCCUACGCUGCUCCCGUAGCCAAGGUUGCCUACGCCGCUCCCGUUGCCAAAGUAGCCUACGCCCCAGCUGCAGUCUCUUACUCCCACGCUCCAGUCUACGCCGCCCCCGUCGCCAAGGUCGCCUACGCUGCUCCCGUAGCUCAUGUGACUUACUCCUCUCCCGCCAUCUCUUACCACCACUAAACCUUUAAAGACUGUUGUAUUUAUUGAAAUGAAUAGAAACUAAUAAAUUAUUGU